AUGCCAAAAGCGAGGAAAACCGGGAACAAAUGUGUGACGAAGAUGCUUCGUAAAGCAGUCACAGAACCACCGAAAGACAAUGCUCCGCUAAAACCAACAUACGACCGAGCACCCAUUGUCAAGAAGGAGCCAGUCAUUGAUCUGACCGUCGACGAUUCUCCAGGACCUUCUCGCUCAACAACCCCCAUCCCAAGAGAGCAAUCAACAACUUCCACCCUGAAUGGAGUUCUUAAUGACGUCUCUUUCGCAACUGGCGCUAGGAGACUCUAUGGAAUGGCUCAAGCUCUUCUCCAAGAAGACGCCGAAACAACUCCAGCAGCUAAAAAGGCUACAAAAUCUUCAAAGACAGACAAGAAAACUGAUGAGACAAGACGGACGUCCGCUUCUCCAAAACCUGCUUCUGUGUUACCGAAGCCAAAAUUGACGAAGAAUAAGACAUCUCGAGAGAAGGAAGAAAAGACGGUCAAAUUCGCUGGGAACGAAACUCCGGUAGCCGAAAGGAAUGCAUCAAUCAAUGAGCCUUCAACAUCAGCGGCUACUCCUAUUUUUAACACCUCGGACGCGCCACGCUCCGCCAAACGACCAAAAUCCGCGAAGCGUAAUUCGAUAAAAGCCGUCCGAAUGCAAGCAGAACCUCAACCCGUCGAGGUCAUCAAUCCUAGAGCAAAGGAUCGCCGAACUCAGCAGAAGAAACGCGCCGCCGAAGAUGAUCAGAAGCCUUCAAAAAAGAAGCAAAAGACUGGAAAGACUACCACCAAGGGCUUCAUGAAUGAUCCUUCUAUCCUCUCGAAGCGAAGAAGAAAUGAAAAAGCUGCCAAGGCGAUUCAGGAAGAGGAAGCGUCUACUUCAGAUCAAAGCUACAACGACCCCGAUAGAGAAUGGGAGGUCGAGCACGUCGGUGGCCUCUGCCUCGAAUGGGAGAAAACCAAGAGCCGAAGAAGGGUUGGUGAAAGAGUGGUGAUCAAAGAGAAGUGGGUCCUGAAGCCCGAAUCUGAGCUGCGAAUUUGGAUCAAAUGGAAAGACCCUUUCCGCGACAACGGUUCCCUCUGGUCGGCUGAAGUUCAAGGUAAUCUUGUUGGCGUUGACCGGGAGCUGAUCGAAAGGAGCUUGAGGCGGAAGAAGUGCUUUCCAAUGCCAAAUAAGGACGACGGACUGCCUGACUGGGAAGAUCGAUACGCCGAAGCCUUCCUCAGCGGCUACACCCCCUGGACUGCUCCGAAAACUCUCUGCAAAGCCGAUGACUCUGCCGAGGUCCAGUUCAUUCCAGCACAAGCCUAG